CAACGACGAUGAAAAGACCUAGACAUUUACAUUCAUUCAUAAAACGUCUAUCUGAACGUUGACAAGAUAAACAACAGAAAACUAUAUACAGCUGGAGGAAGAUGGCGGACAGUCGUCAACUGCCAUGGGCGUAUCAUAAUCGGGUAAAAUUUGUAUUGCCACGCCUAUGAUAUGAAAACAUAACCUUACUUACCGAUGGAAUGAUAAAUUGGCCGAUUCUGGAUUACUGCUGUUUAUCUUGCACACAUAACACGAUCGCACCAUUGUUCAACAGGUAACAGUUCAAUAUCACUAACAAACUUAUGGCAAAUAGCACAAAAAUAAUGAUUUGUGAAAAUCCACAACUCAAGCAUAAAUACGCACUUUAUACUAUCGUAAAAUGUCCAUUCAUAAGAAAAAUGCGACGUUGCCAAUGUCGACUGAAGCUCUGUGACUGAAGGAAAUCUCUUUCCAAUUCGCUAACGGUAAAUUCAAUACGAAAAUAGUUCACUUUUCUACUUUUCACUAUUGCUUAUGCAGAUUUUCAAGAAUGUUAACAAUUUUAUUAUUUUCAUGAGUGCAAAUAGCUGGUUUACACGAUGAAAUAUUUGUUUGAGGUUUGUUUACUACCAGAUAACAGAUACCAGAAACCAGAUACUAGACACCAGAUACCAGACACCAGAUACCAGAUACCAGAUACCAGACACCAGACACCAGAUACCAGACAUCAGAUACCAGAAACCAGAUACCAGAUACCAGAUACCAGACACCAGACACCAGAUACCAGACACCAGAUACCAGACACCAGACACCAGAUACCAGAUACCAGACAUCAGAUACCAGACACCAGAAACCAGAUACGAGAUACCAGAUACCAGACACCAGAUACCAGAUACCAAACACCAGAUACGAGAUACCAGAUACCAGCCACCAGAAACCAGAUACCAGAUAAAGAGAUAACAGAUACCAAAUACCAGAUACCAGACACCAGAUACCAGAUACCAGAUACCAGACACCAGACACCAGAUACCAGACAUCAGAUACCAGAUACCAGUUACCAGAUGCCAGACACCAGAUACCGGAUACCAGAUACCAGACAUCAGAUACCAGACACCAGAUACCAGAUACCAGAUACCAGAUACCAGACACCGGAUACCGGAUACCAGACAUCAGAUACCAGACACCAGAAACCAGAUACCAGACACCAGACACCAAACACCAGGUACGAGAUACCAGAUACCAGAUACCAGCCACCAGAAACCAGAUACCAGAUAAAGAGAUAA